UUUUGCGCUCCGACGCUGCGAGACGGCGACGCAAAAGAGCGCGAAGAGAGGAAGAGAGAGAGAGAGAGAGAGAGAGAGAGAGAGAGAGAGAGAGAGAGAGAGAGAAGCCAAACUUACUUUCCGCCGCGUCGUCCUUUAAUGUGAUCGCGUUAAUAUUAGUGUUUCGCUUAUUUUUAAGCGUCUCUCAGUGUGCUGGAUAAGUUUGGUCGCCGACAGACGCACCUCUGGACUUUGGCACAGACGUCGCUGGACAUGGGCGCAUCUGAGUCCAACCGACGGUAGAUCCGAGACGCGGAGCUGCUGUCCUCUUUUCCUCCUCCUGCAGAGUGGACCCACUUUUCAGAGAGACGUUUUCCCCCCCCUUUCUAUUUGGGCCUAAGGCCGACUUGUUUAAAGGUCUUUUUUUUUCUCCUUCCGGCAACAGCGAAGCGACCCAGACUUCUCCCUCAGCCCUCACGCCCUCUCUCACUUUUUUGGAAGCUGAACUUUGAAAGGAAAAUGAGGCAUUGAGAGAGUUGGCAGAUCUCCUCGCGCUAUAAUGGCUACAGACACCUACCUGGUGAACGACGAUCCUGCUAGAGGCCCCGGGAUGCCGGAGUGCUUCCUCGUGUCUGAUACAUACAGGGAUGAAUUCCACCCCUUCAUCGAGGCCUUGCUGCCCCAUGUCCGCGCCUUCGCCUACACCUGGUUCAACCUGCAGGCCCGCAAGCGCAAGUACUUCAAGAAGCAUGAGAAGCGCAUGUCCAAGGAGGAAGAGCGCGCGGUGAAGGAUGAGCUGCUGGGUGAGAAGCCAGAGAUCAAACAAAAGUGGGCCUCACGGCUGCUAGCCAAGCUCCGUAAGGACAUCCGACCAGAGUUCCGUGAGGACUUUGUGCUCACCAUCACGGGGAAAAAGCCCCCUUGCUGCGUGCUGUCCAACCCCGACCAGAAGGGCAAGAUCCGUCGCAUUGACUGCCUGCGCCAGGCCGACAAGGUGUGGCGGCUGGAUCUGGUCAUGGUCAUCCUGUUCAAGGGCAGCCCCUUGGAGAGCACAGACGGGGAACGGCUGGUCAAGUCACCCCAGUGCACCAAUCCUGGCCUGUGCGUGCAGCCGCACCACAUUGGAGUGUCCGUCAAGGAGCUCGACCUGUACCUGGCAUACUUCGUCCACACACCAGAAUCCGGACAAUCAGACAGCUCCAGCCAACAGGGGGACACAGACAUCAAACCUCCGCCCAAUGGGCACUUGAGUUUCCAGGACUGCUUUGUCACUUCAGGGGUGUGGAAUGUGGCCGAGCUGGUCAGAGUGUCACAGACUCCUGUAGCCACAGCGUCGGGUCCGAACUUCUCAUUGGCUGACCUGGACAGCAGUCCUAGUUACUACAACAUCAAUCAGGUGGCGCUAGGACGUCGCUCCCUCACCUCCCCACCCUCAACCAGGUCUGAGGUGGAGUUGUACGCAAACCUUCCUCGGAGCUCCACCAAGAGGAAGUCAUUAGAUGACAGUGAACUAGAAAGCCCCACAGAUGAUGUUUUCUAUCCUGGACGCUCACCGGCUGCCAGCUCUUCGCAGUCCAGUGCGUGGCCCAACGACAUGGAUACAGUGCAGCACCAUUUGGCGAGUGUGCAGGAGAGGAAGAUAAAACAUGAAAACGAUGGCGUGCAGUUUCCUUACCAUGGACUGUCCUCGCCUGGUUCUCUUAAGAAGCCGGGAAAGUUUGAUUUCAACGCCCUGACUUCCCAGACGAGGUCUCCCCGCAUGGCGUUCACACACCACCCGCUGCCUGUGCUGGCAGGAGUGAGACCAGGUGAGAGCCCUGCCAGCUUCCCCUCAGCCCUGCACUUUCCCUCCUCCUCUAUCAUCCAGCAGUCCACCCCCUACUUCACCCCCACCAUCCGCUACCAUCACCACCAGGACCCGCUUAAGGAGUUUGUGCAGUUUGUCUGCACUGAUGGCACAGACAGCCCAUCCAGCCAACCUAAUGGAGGUGGCCAAAGCAAAAUGCCGGGCUCCUUCCUGCUGCCCCCGCCACCCCCGGUGGCACGCCCUGUGCCCCUCCCCUUGCCCGACUCUAAAACCAUCAGCACGCCCACUGACAGCGGACUCGGCUCACCCGCAUCUCCGUCAUACUCCACGCCAGGCUCCACAGCUCCCAACCGGUUUGUCGGCAUCGGAACACGGGACAACUUUCUGAAUAUCCCCCAGCAGACUCAGUCCUGGUUCCUCUGACAAGGCCUCUCGGAAUCAACGGCUAAAAUUGUGUCGUGAAAAAUUGGAGUUUGUAAAACAGACUGCUGACACUAAAAAAGAUCUUUUUUCUCUCGCCAAC